UUACACUACUUUCAAGUGGACAUGAAGUCCAAUAUGUGUCACUUUGUAAUAUUCUUUUAAUUAUUCAACUAAGACCAGAAGUCUUAAGGAAUAAUAUAAAAGUCUUCUUUUAUAAAUACAACAAUCCAAUAUAUGUCAAGUUGGCUAAGCUUGAAAUAAUGUUUCGCUUAGCUAAUGUUGACCAAGCUCUAUCUGAACUAAAAGAAUAUGCAACCGAAAUUGAUGUAUCUGUUCGUUCAAUUGUUCAAGAGGCCAUUGUAGUCAUAAAGAGUAUAAUCGGUAUUUUAUGUGAAAAUUUAGAUAAUCUAUAUGAACCUGAAGCAAAAGCAACAAUGAUAUGGAUUAUUGGUCAAUACGCUGAUAGGAUUGAGAAUUCUGAUGUAUUAUUAGAUGGCUUUCUUUUUACAUUCCUACCUAUUGCUGGUCAAGAACUAAUUCCUAAAGUUCUAAAUAGGCAACAUGAGAUGUUGAUAAUCCAGAUUUACGUGACCGAGGAUAUAUUUACUGGCACUGUUGUAUUAUCUGAUAAACCGCAAAUUUCUACUGAAAGCGAUAAUAUGGAGCCUGCGUAUCCCGGACAGCAACAACAACAGCCUAAUUUACUCGAUUCUGGUAUCGAUAAUUUAGCAUCUCUUGGAAUCAAUCCUAACCCUUGCAAUGUGGAUGUUGAAAAUUAUGUUGGAGAUUUAUUAUUAGAUUUGUAA